CCUUUUCGAUUUUAUAUGUUUCAAUUUUCCGUAUAAUUAGUUUUUAACGGUGCUGAAAGAUUCUCUCUGGUUUGCUUUUGUAUAUUAAUCUAGUAGGUUAGGUUAAAUACAUUUUGAAUAGGACUAUUAUGCGGGAAAACUAAAGCAUGGCCGACAGUGCGGAACGGAACUCUGAUUUCUGCUCUAGUUUAUGUAACUUGACAAAUAACGAUGACAUUGAAGCAGUUUUAAAGGGACAAAGGGGAAUGCUGGCAAGAAUUGAAAAAACGAACCACAUGAUACUUAACUGUAACAAUAUAUCAGAACAACAAUUAGAAAUGAUGACGUCAAGAUAUCGUAGACAUACAAACGUUCUUAAAGAUAUGAAAAAAGAUUUGCAAUCUGUUCACGCUAGGAUAAGGCGUUUAAAACGAAUCCUUGAGCUUAAGAAUCCAGAUUCAUGGACAAUAAUAGAGGAAGAAGCAAAUAAAAAGAUUGUUUUGAAAGAAAUGGAAAAAGACUCCCCAGACUUAAUGGACUUUAACAAUGUUUCGAUAAAUGACGGCAAUCCUGAAGGAAAAACGUGACAAAAACUAUAGUUUUAAAGCGUUAAAAUCAUGUUGCUGUGAUACAAUAUUUAAAACCCUACUUAUAUUAUACAUUGAGAUUACUAUUUGAUUUGUGUUUGUUGAUUUACAUUAUGUUAUAUUCUGUGUUUUGAUUUUUUAUUUAUUUUACCACUGGCGCAAUCGUUUAUUAUUAUUAUCAAUGGUCAAACAUGAAACUGUCUACACUGUAUUAAUUAGUAAAUAUUGGAACUUAAUUUGUUUAAUAGUAAUAUAUAUCAAACUAUUCCGCCUCCAUGCAUUUUAAAAGUUUGGCGCCUAUUAUGUUAGUCCUAUUUUAUCGCAUCGGACUGUUCUAGUUGUCAGAAUAUGUCACAUAUCAUGGGAGUAUGGGACAAAUGUGGUCUGAAUCUAAAGUCUUCACUCUGACUUCACCCUAUCAAAUAGAAUGUUACACAUUACUAAAACCCCCCCUUUUAAAUGUGCAGGUAUAAUAGAAAAGCUUUAAAAACUGAUAAUGUGAUGUAAGAAUGUUGAUGUAAUAUUGGUGGAAAUGAGUCACGAUUGUUCAGAGCAUGGUGGUGGGGGUGUAGGUGGGAUAUUUCAAACAUUAGAAGAACUUGAUUUUGACCGUGGUCCAUGGACCAUAGCUUCAAAUGGAGACUACCCUUCAAUUAUGAAGUAUUUAAACAAAGGUGGAGAACCUAACUUAAGAGACAGCGCAGGAUAUACAGCUCUGCAUUACUCUGCGAGAAAUGGCCAUGAAAACAUAUCCCGUGCAUUGGUUGAUCAUGGAGCUCACGUGAACGCUCAAACAAAGGCAGGUUUGUCAACCCCACUUCACCGCGCUGCACUUAAUGGAUGUCAUCUGGUUGUUAAGUUGCUGCUUGAUAACAAUGCUGAUGUGUGUAUGCAAGAUUCUGAUGGAAAGACGGCAUUGCAUAAGGCAGUUGAAGGCAAUUGGCCGGAGGUCUGUAAAUUGUUAAUAGCACAUGAGCCAAAGUGUACGGAAAUAUCGGACAAAAAUCUCAAACUGCCAAGGAACUUGACGCAUGAUGAUGUCGACCAUUCUGAAGUUUAUAAACUGCUCAACUGGAGAUAGAAAGUAAAUAUUUGUUGUUAUGCUGGUUUACUUAACAAAACUGGGUAAUAGAAAUGUUACAAUGACAACAGUUUUUAUAAACUAGGAUUUCAUAAACGCUUUUGAGUUAAGUGGAAACAGCAGCAUUGAUAAUAAAAUAUUUGACAAAA